AUGUCCAUGAUCUUCUUCGCUAGUGUGGUACGGGUGAGGGACGGACUGCCGCUCUCGGCCUCCACUGACUUCUACCACGCCCCGGCCUUCCUGGAGUGCAGGCGGCGCCUCAAGGCCUUGGCCCUGCAGCUGGCCAGGCACCCGGGCCGGGGCUCCGCAGAGAGCUGGGACUUCCGCAUACACUUUUCUUCUGCCCGGGAUGUGGCCUGCAUGGCUAUCUGCUCCCGCCAGUGCCCAGCAGCCAUGGCCUUCUGUUUCCUGGAGACCCUGUGGUGGGAGUUCACAGCGUCCUUCGACACCACCCGCAUCGGCCUCGCCUCCAGGCCCUACGCCUUCCUCGAGUUUGACAGCACCAUUCAGAAAAUGAAGUGGCAUUUUAACCACGUGAGCCCCUUGCAGAUGAAGAGCAGCUUGGAGAAAGUUCAGGAGGAGCUUGACUUCCAGCCCCCUGUAGUUCUCUCCCUGGAGGACACGGACAGGGCCAACGGCCUGGCGAACGGGCACACACCCGUGCAUGCAGAGCCCGCUCCGCGUUUCCGCAUGGAGCCCGUGAGCGCCCUGGGUGUCCUGUCCCUUGUCCUCAACAUUAUGUGUGCCGCUGUCAACCUCGUCCGCGGAGUUCACCUCGCAGAGCACUCCUUACAGGUUGCCCAGGAGGAAGUUGGGAACAUCCUGGCCUUUCUCAUUCCUUUUGUAGCCUGCAUUUUCCAGUGCUACCUGUACCUGUUCUACAGUUCAGCCCGCACGGCGAAGGUGCUGCUGCUGCUGCUCUUCAUCUGCCUGGGCAACAUGUACCUGCACGGCCUGCGCAACCUGUGGCAGAUCCUCUUCCACAUCGGUGUGGCGUGUCUGUCCUCACACCAGAUCCUCAUGCGGCAGCUGCAGGAGACACAGUCGGACUGCAGCGUGUGAGGAUGCGGUGGCUCUGGCUCUGCCCUGAGGGUUGGUCCCUGCCUCCUUUCCUGCCCUGCCUCAGCCCACUUCCCACCUGUGAGCUUCCUUUGGACCACGUCGGGCGCAGGGCUGGAACUCAGGUCCUGGCAGGGCCGGGUGCCCCAUGUGUGGUGCUGCAGACCACAGGCUGGUCCGCCCCAGGGCAUGCUCAGGAGGGCACCGGAGAGCAGGCGGAGCCUGGGGUCUGCUGAGUCAGCCUCGCAGUAACGGUGUCUCCAGGAGCCGUCCUGAAAUCCGGGUCUGUUCUGGAGCCCAGAUGGGGCUCAGUGUUCUUCUUUUGAGGAGAGGUCAGAACAGGGUGAAUUAAAAACUUAUGUAGGGUUCAUAAAUACAAGCUAGAUAAAUUUUGUUUACAGUUUUGAGAACUUAGGUUUGCUGUACCUUUGGAAUAUUUCUAUUUUGGAUAUAAAUUGAACUUCAGUAGGACAAGAACAAAUUUAAGCUGAGAAAAUGGCAAAGAAGCCUGAGUUUAUUUAAUUGUAGAAGGGUGUCUGACCCUUGUAAGGUGGAGGGACCAUGAGAGCAGAGAAACGUGUUGUGCUUCCUUGCAGGGCGUAUCUGAGUGCUUUUUAAAUUGGGUGAGCAGCCAGCACUGGCGGGUGGUCAGCCUCGAGGCACGCGCAGGGACAGUGUGCCUGACGCCAGCCACACUGGAGGAGACCAGGGAAGGGGACCCUGUGGUGCGUCCCAGACCCUCUCGGAGAGGCGCUGUCACCGCCUGUUGUUCUGCUGCUGAUCCUGUGCACCUCUACACAGAGGGCUGCUCGAGUUAAUUACUCCUGUACCUUUCCUGAGAAUCUGGAUUGGAUCCAGGGCCUCAUUUUUAAUGAACAAAAGCCAGGAUGUAGCUGUGUGUGUGGUGGUGCGAGCUUGUAAUCCCAGCACUGUGGGAGGCUGAGGCAGGAGGAUUGCCAGUUCAAGGCCAGUCUGGGCAACUUAGUGAGACCUUGUGUCAAAAUAAAAAACAAUUUUGAAGGGCUGGAGAAUGUAGCUCAGUGGAAGGGCUCUAGGUUCAAUCCCCAGUACCCUAAACAAACAUAAUAACAGAAGUAGAUGUUAACUCUCCAAAAUUUUAUAAAGGUAUAACUGACGCAUUAUUAAAACAAUUGAUUAUCAUUUUCCAAAAUAGGGCUCUGAGUGAGGUCCCUUAGGUCUCUGGGUGGCCCGUCUUACAGAGCCCACCCCCGGGUUGUCUGAGAAGUCUGGAAUCUGAGGGGCUUGAGCACAGCUGCCUGGAGCACUUGGGCUUGGGCCGUGCAGCUUGAUGAGCGGCAGGUCGUGUUCCGUGGCUUUUACAAGGGGAAGCCGUGACAGGUAUGAGGACGGGCUUGGGAGAAUUCAGCUGUGUUUGCUUAUUGCUGCUGCCUGUUGUCGUUGAGCUACCUUGGAAUCAUUUUAGGAAAAACAGAUUUCGGUGACUUGCAACUGGGUUGGGGAAAUGUUGCCACAGCAGCUUUCUUCUCUGGUACUGGAAUUUUCUGUUUAACCCAACUCGGAUCUGGAUGUGAAAACCAUCUUGGCAGCAUCCUCAGGUGUAAGCGUCGAGGUUGCUUCUCAGCGAUUUUCCCUACACUUAGCAGGUGAACUUUCAGUCUCCCGGGAGAUAACCUCCAGGGGCGUGGACGUAGGAAGGGGCCACACAGGAGAAAAAGAAGCACCAGGAAGCGUGGCUAAAACAGCGCAGAAAUCUGUUUAUUUUGAAUCUCGCAUGGCCCGGUGUCCUGUGGCCCUUUCCCCCAUGUGCUCUGGUGUCUGAGCUGUGACCCACGAGUCAGCAGGUUAGAAAUGGCCCCUGAAGGUGGCCUUGCUGGUGCCCACGGAGCGGAUGGAGCCGCCCCACACCUGGCCGAGCGUGGUCGGUCUGCACCCCUUGGGUGUGAGACCCACUUUUGCAGCAGAAACAGAACAGAGAGUGCAGCAGCCUACGUGGCUGGAAUCCAGCGGAGGGAGGCUGAUGAUGGAAAGGAAGUCCGGGGGUUUUGCUCAGGAGGCCAAGGGUUGGCUUUAGGCACAGAGGUGGUGGCGCCCUGUGGUCUCAUGUCACGAGCUGGUCCCGCAUCCAGCAGGGGCUCGGCCGCCCUGUGCUCGCUGCUGCUCGGGCCUUCGCUUUCCCUGCCCAUCACCUGAGGCCUGGAUCUGGGGAAGAGGAAACAGUGUCGAGGACAGAACCUGUAAAACGCCCCAGGGUCUUGCGCUGCCACCAGUGCCCAGUCCCCUCGUGGACCAGGGCAGGGCUGUGCCCCGUGGAGGAUGCAGUGUGCUUUCCCCAGGACCGGCCGUGUGUGACGACGGGAAGGAGAGCCUGUUGAGGUGGCUGUCCCUCUUGGGACCAGAGGCCCCACGGCCUGAGUCCUGGGCUUGCUCCUUGGGCUUGCGCCCUGUUACUCCAGCAGCCUGUGAUGUGCACUGCGAACCAGCACCUGCAGUUCUUGAAAGGCCAGGAAAGGCUGUCGGAGUGCUGGAGGGGGCCAUUUUAACUGCCCUCUCUUCCCUCUGAGCCCCUUCUCCGGCUCCCUCGCCUCUUUCCACCGCUGUGCCCCCACCCCAGGGACACAGGGACCCUGGAGUCUGGCGGAUGGAGCUGUCAUUGGCAUGGAGAGGGUGGGCGAGGGUGUGUGGGUGCCUAGCACUGCUCACAGAUGAUGGCCACGGGGCCUUGGGGCCUGGGCGGCAGGGCCUGAGGCAGGACCAGAACUGGGGCUCUGUCAGUGGAAGACAGUGGCUCCCCUGGGUGUGGGGCUGCACCUUUGUCCAGGGCCACCAUGGCUGUUCCUUGCAGGCCCUCAGAGAACCUGCUUAUGGUUUCCAGGGUACAGCGCAGGUGUGGACAGGUAGGGAUGCGGCUAUGUCAGACGUGGCUCCCAUCCCAAGUGUCCCUCUCAGGGCCCUGCCCAAGUUGGGGAAGCCCUGCCUGUGCACUGUGGGUGCUUUGGGUGGUGAGGGACAAGCAGGAUGUGCCCCCGAGACGGGGCAGCUCCCUGGGUGGCUUGGGGACAGCUGGAUUCUUCCACCCAGCCAAGAGUCACAGUGGAGUGGCUGCCCGUCGGCCUCAGAUUCCCUCUCGGGGGAAUGACGACAACAUCACCUGCGGCCUUGGCGAGCUGUGUGGUAGUGGGGGCCCUGGGUGGGUCCAGGCCCAUGUGCGCACAGAGAAGGGCUGAGUCACCUGGCCCCGCGGUUCCCCAUCCCCGGCCACACAGAGGCGUGUGCGGUGCCGCAGUGUGCGUAGCUCAUCGUCCACUCCAGAUUCUCUGGAGCGGGAAUCUCCUGCUGCAAGGCACAGGACCCCCGUGACAGCAGGCUUCUGUUGCCGGGGAAACCUCGUCAGUGGGGACAUGGAGAAGGCUGUCAUUAGAAUCGGAAUGGCGAGAAGGGGGACAUCUGCCCCGUGACUGUCGGCAGGGUUGGGCCUCACAGCGCCUUCGUUUUCCAUGAAACUGAAGCCCGUGCUGCUCCUAACCUGUGUGUGGUGCCCUUGGCCUCCAGCCCUUCUGCCUCCAUCAGCCCCUCUAGGGCCAUCGUGGCACUAGCCUAGGUCAGUCUGCCUGGUGGACGCCGCUACGCAGCUUAAACCCUGAGGCUACUUGCUCCCUGGACUCCUUUCUGGUGCUUGCUUUCCAGCUUCUGUUUCCGUGGAGCCACAAAGGUCUGUUCCGAGUACAGGACCAGUGCAUUUUAACAGCCCGGGCCCGGGACAUCCGUGCACUGGGCAGCAGGCCGGUUGUGUAUAUGCAAGUUAAGUGGGCAGCUGCUGGGCGGGAGGAGAAUAAAUCUGACUGUUGCUAAGCCA